ACCGGAGGGCGUUUUUCACAUUGCAUACGAACUCUGCAAGACAUACUUGGUUGAACGUGGAUUGGUUUUGGUGACUGGAUGUUCGUGCACUAUCCCAACAUCUGAAUUAUUCUAGAACCAAAAAAUACUGCCUUCUUUCUUCUCGUUUGUACUGUGAGCUUCACCAAGAUGUCUCGGAAGCAUAGCCAAAAAGAUCCUAUAGGCUUUGUCUUUGACGUCCAGUCCAAUACUGUGAUGGCUCAAGGAGGCUCUUAUGAAAAUAUGAAGGAAAAGAUCAAUGCAGUACGAGCUGUGGUCCCCAAUAAGAGCAACAAUGAGAUCAUCUUGGUGCUCCAGCACUUUGACAACUGUGUGGACAGGACAGUGCAAGCUUUCAUGGAAGGAAAUGCUGUGGAGGUAUUGAAAGAAUGGACCGUGCUGGGCAAAAAAAAGAACAAAAAGAAGAAGAGUAAACCUAAGUCAGAGGUUCCUGCGCAGAGCACCACAGCUGAUGCGAGUAAAGCAGUACAUGUAGAGGUAGAAAAAAACGCCCCAUCUUGUGAAAAGGCUGGACUAAACGGUUACCAUAUCAAUGGUUCCACCAAUGACACAGAGUCUGUGGAUUCUCUCAGCGAGGGAUUGGACACCCUUUCUCUGGAUGCCAGAGAGUUGGAAGACUCUGAGCCCUCCACCCCAGAUGUUUCUGACCACACAGCAUCCACAUUCCAGAACGGUCGUCCAGAGCUGGAACUGAAAUUGAUGUCUCACCUUCCUCAGAGUUCCUCCCAUCAUAAAGCUGUCCCAUCCGACCACAGGCAUCCGAUCAAAGCGCGCUCGGGCAGCAUGUCUAGCUCCCAGUCAAUGAAUGAAGAUGCACCCUCUUCUGCGGGUUCCAAAAAGCUGGGUGCCAACAUUGAGAAGUCGGUGAAGGACCUGCAGCGCUGCUCUGUCUCCCUGGCGCGCUACCGCAUGGUGGUGAAAGAAGAAAUGGAUGCCUCAAUCAAAAAGAUGAAGCAGACCUUCUCAGAGUUACAGAGCUGCCUCAUGGACAGAGAAGUGGCACUUCUUGGGGAAAUGGACAAGGUGAAAGCAGAAGCAAUGGAAAUUCUGGACAGUCGGCAAAAGAAAGCCGAGGAGCUGAAGAAGCUGACAGAUGUGGCUGUGCGCAUGUCGGAGGAACAUUUGGCAGAGCUUAGAGCAGACAUUAAGCAUUUUGUAAGUGAACGGAAAUAUGAUGAGGAAUUGGGUCGGGCUGCACGUUUCACUGCUGAUCUGGAAAGCCUAAAGAAGAGUAUAGAAUCUUUUGGGCAAGUUUCUCACCCAAAGAACAAUUAUUCUGUCCGCUCUCGCUGCUGUUCUCUGACCAGCCCCAGUGAGACUUCUGCCCCGUCCACUCCAGAACUGUCUUCUGCCCCCAGCCUUAACUCAAACAGCAGGAAGUCUGCAGGCACAGGAUACACGCCUGCAACAGCCGGCCAUUAUGUCAACCGUCAGAUCCAACCUCCCAGACAGGGACUACCAGCAAAUAAAAGACAAGGACAGGGUUACCGACCUCAGGGCCCACGGCAAAACUACCACACUAACAAUACGAGAGUCGACAACACCAACCGGAACAGGAACAGCUCUUGGUAUCAUUCAGGUGCCCGUAACCAGGGCUAUCACCCCCAGAGCACACGCCAGCCCAUUGACCGAACAUCCUCCAACAUAACUGGAACCAAUGGACCUGCUGCGACUUCAGAGCCUGUCCAAAUUGCUGGUUCAGACCCUGACACCAAGGCCCUCCCCCAGCGCAAACCUAGGGUGAACCAUGCAACAGCUUCCUGAGCCCAAAAAACAUCCUGAGCCUGUAGUCCGCACUUUCAAUGUUCAACUCCAUAACUUGACUUUAGAGAACUGUUAGGUUUAUUAACUAAGAGAAACGUUUACAGCCAGCUGUUCCGUGCCACGUUACUCCUCCUUCCCUAUCUUUUAACUGUGUUUCUUUUCUCUGUACCUUUUUUGUUCUCAUGUCAAUAUAUUAAGACAUCACUUUGCCAUCCUGCCUUAGUUUUUUUGAUAACAUUGCUCCUGAUUUAACAGUGGACUCUUUGAUGAUUAGCUGCAUCCGUAAGUCAGUGUCUGCUUCCUGCCUGUGGAAGGAAUGACAUCUCCUGUUUUGAGAGAGGUAAAAUCAAGUUGCUGAAGUACCAAGUCCCAUCAGCUUCCACAUCCUCUAUAAUAACACAUUCCAGCUCCAUGGGCUCCCAGGUACCGUAGCUUUUAGAUUUAGAACAUGAUCUAGUUUGCCAAACCCCCCCAUUAUAUCUGCCAGCACUAGAGAUUUUACUUUAUUACAUCAAGUAUAGUGGGCAGAAAAUAAUGUGGGCCAUCAACCCCUUUUAGCUCUUGUGCUGCUGCUUUUCAUUUUUUACAGAGCCCAUAGUUUUCUUAUACUUUCUUGUUUUUUUUAUGUAUCCUACCCAGGUGUAAGUUCUUUCCGUCUGUCUGCAAAGUGCCUUGUUUUUUGUACUGGUGUCUGCAAUUUUUUUUUCUUGUUCCCUUCCUUUUUCCAUUACUAUAAAUGCCGGCCUCAUGCCACUUCACCUGAGGGAAAGAGGAGCGCUUACACAGUUACGGGGGUACAGCAAGGGAGAGUUAGAUCCUAUUUGCAGUUCUUUAAAUAUGUUAUAUUGUAGAAUGGGUUGAAACAAUUUACGGCAGGUAGUUGGGGAUAUGGCUUACUAUACAACAACAUUGUUUUUGAGUUACCACAAGGAAUCUGUUCUACUGGAAAUGUGCUAAACAGCCAUGACCCUUUUUCCCCCCCUUUCUAAACUGGAAAUCUUCUGGACAUUUUUCCCAGUGUCUGGCUCUUCAGGACCAGAAGCGUUGUAGAUUGCGGUUGAGCCAAACUAGUCAUUUCCUCCUUUCUUGGUCCUUUUUACCAAGCAGUUGUUUGUGGACCAAAGUGUUAUAUAGCAUUGUCCUAUGGGUGUGGGCCUCUGGCUGCAAAUUUCUUUAUGACCCUGUGAACAAUCCUAGGGCAGUGUUCUUUCUGAUUGUUCUUCUUGUCCAAAGAUGCACCUUUCACCAAUACUCAUGUGUCUUGUUUUCUUUCAGUCAGUUGGGUAAAUAUUCGCUGUAUUUUUUUUGCUUUAUAUAGCUUGCUUACAAAGAAGUUAAUCUUCCAAGGGCUUUUGGUGUUGUAAUAUUGUCUAAUACAACACUUGAUAAAUACUGCAAUGUGACAUUCAAUAAGCUAGUUUUCAAUAAGUCCAUUGAGGGUAUAUUGAAAUUACAAAAACCAUACAUUGGAGUAAAAAAAAAACUUUGUCAAUCACUUUUACUUGCAAAGGAAUUUGAAUCGUUAUUUACAUAGGUUCUUCCUCUAUGGCUUCCUAUCUGCUUUGAAAGAAAGUGGUAGCCAUUGAAACACCGCCAGUUUUGAUAGGUAAGAACAACAGGUUUCAGGAGGAUAUACCCUUAAUGUUCAUUAUAUUUUGUAGAACCUCAUCUAACAUCUAAUCUUAGAUAACAAUAACAAUAAUAAUAAAAAUACACUAUAAAAUGAUCCAAGCGUUGCAUGGUUCUUGUAUAAUACUAUUAAAAAAACAUUUAUAUAAUAUAGUUCAGUGGAAUUACCAAUGAUAUAACAGAGGAACAUGUUUUUUAUUCUGGUGUCAUGGAGAUACAUUUAUAAAAGCUUGAAUAGCAACUUCCGUAGAAAUCCAUGAUGAUUUUGAACACUAAAGUGAACUUUGAGAAUAUUCUGUGGUAUCCUGCCAUGCUAGAUAUCCAUGGACAUUAAGAAAAAUAAAUCCGUAUUCACCACA